UGCUAUGGCGACGGGAGCCGCCAGCUCGGGCAAGAGGAGGAGGAGGAUGUGAGGGAUUCGUCUUACCCCUACAAAUGAAGGGAACAAUUAAGAUCCUAUGAGGGAACUUUUUUCUUUUAAAGGUGCUGCAAUGGCUGCCCGAGAAAGGACCACACCUGCUGUGGCAAAAGGCUCCGGAUUCUGGCAUGUUCCCAUUGUAACCGAAUAUAGCCAGGAAACACAGAAACUGUUGAAAGUGAUGAUGCAAGAAUCCAAACUUACCAACUUCCAGCAACGUCAUCUCACAAACUGCAUAAAGCGAGGUGACUCCCUUCCUGAUAAAUGCAACCCAACAUCCAGCAAAGAACCAGAGCUUUCCAAGCCUGUCUCGCCACCAAAGGCUUUUUUGUCCAUCAGUCCAUAUGGAAGACCUCGUCUCCGGCCUGCUGAGAUGUGCCGGGCAGGCGAUGCAUACAUCCAGGAGAAAUUCAGGCCCCAGGCCACCCGAGACCUGGAGAAGGAGAAGGAAAGACUCCAAAACAUUUUUGCAACAGGAAAGGACAAAGUUGAAAAAAAGCCGAAGAAAGAGCCAGUCAAGGCAGAAGAGAAGGUCCCAGAACCAGACCGGUUUGAAGAAUUGGUUAAUGAAGUUCAAGAUCGAAAGAGGUUUCUGGAAGAAAUGGAGGCCCUAGGACAAGGCAAAUUGUACCGAGGGAUCAUCCUCACUGAAAUAUCACAGGUAUGUGGCCUCUUCUGGUUUGGACAUUCUGUCAUGUAUAGUACUGAGCAUUACUGUUCUAGUCUGAUAACUGGCCAUAAUUUACAGCAAGCAGCAUAUGCCUAG